UAAUGAUGGGUGAGGGUGCGUAUAAGGUGAAAGUGAAAGAGUAAUAAGAGGGGGUGAUAGAGGGAGUAAUUAUAUAAAAAUAGAAUGGUGAUGAUGAGAAUUUUGAUAGAGUAAUAGUUUGUAGGUGGAAGUAGUAAUAUAGUAAUAGGGUGUUAGUGGUAGGAAUAGAAGCGAUAUAGUAAUAGAUUGGUGGUGGUAGUAAUACAGUGGUGUUUGUUGUCGGACGUGUAGUAGAAAAUGAACGGAAGCGAACUCUUUAGUAUGAGGCGAAAGUGCGGGAAUGAGAGGGAAGGUGUGUCAAUAGAGAAAGUAGCUUUUGAGAGAGAGAGAGAGAGCGAGCGAAAGAUGUAAUAACAUUAUUUAGUGUAGCUCUCUCUUUUUAUCAAAACUGUAUGCACACCGUCUCUACAGCCAGUCAACAUCGUUUGCGUGCCGACUGACAGUUGAGGCUGUUGUUAUUAUUUAUAUAUAGAGAGAUAGAGUGUGAAUUACUAUUAUUGUCAUUACAACUAUCAUGGAAGUUUACCAAAGCGAUAAUCAUUUUAUAAUUGUGGAUGGAAAUCAUUUCCUUUGGUGUAGCCGUUUAGAUGGAUCUUUAAAAGCCGAAACAGGUAAUUUUUACCCACCAGUGAAUGCAGUGUGUAUUGGGAUUGUUCAUGGUGUUGUUGGAAAAGUAAAAGCACACACAGAUUCAGAAUGGAAAUUGAUUUUGAUCAAAAAUCAAAGCCUUGUUGGUCAUAUUCUUGAAACUCAUGACAUCUUCCAGAUUAAUAAAAUUGCCAUCCUCAGUUUGUCUGGUUUAGAACCAACAGAACUAGGACUUUCACCCUGUCCAAGACAUCAUGGUUCGAACAAAGAGAAACAAGGUUCACAAAUCUCUCUGCCACAAGCCAGCAGUAAACCUUUGCAGAAAACAUGGAACUCUGUUAAAUCAGCAGUUGAAAAUGUAAAACCGAAAAAGUCUUUUCUGACAGAUUUAUAUAAUAUCGUUCAACCGGAACGGGAGUCUGGUUUUCAGAAAGAAGUAAAGGAUAAAGAAAAAUUUGAAAGACGAAUAUACGAGGAAUUGCUGAAGUUAUUCAACGAGUCCAAUUCCUUCUACUACAGCCUCACAUUUGAUCUAACUAACAGCAUUCAACGACAAUACACCAAUGAUAAACCAGCAGAUGAACCUCUGUGGAAACGGGCAGAUGAACGUUUCUUUUGGAAUCAGUAUUUACUCAAAGAAUUGCUGGAAUCUAAUGAUGAAGCGGCGAAGCACUGGAUUGUACCAAUUAUUCAAGGAUUUAUUCAGAAUGAACUCUGUCUCAUGGAGUUUGACAUAAACAAAAGUUUGACCCCAACUGGCACUGUCAUGUUUGACUCCACAAGAUUCCAGAAAGAUCCCCUAAGAUAUUGGCUUACCAUUAUUUCAAGACGCAGUCGUCACAGAGCAGGUACAAGAUCUAAAAAAAGGGGUUUGGAAGAAAGUGGAGCUUGUGCCAACUAUGUAGAGACAGAACAGAUUCUUCAGUUCCCCCCUCACUUAGUAUCUUUUGUCCAAGUACGAGGGUCAGUUCCAGUCUUUUGGAGUCAGUCAGGGUUUAAAUAUCGGCCUCCACCACGUCUAGAAAAAGGUAUGUCAUUCUUUGAUUUGGAGCAUUGCAAAGUUUGUUAGCUUCUGGGAAUUACGUAAGUAAGUGUUUACAUUUUUAAGUGCCACAAGGGUACAUUCAACAGAUAAAGUUGAAAUAGGUAAAGUUAAAAUCAAAUUUAUUAGUUUAUGUUCUUGUGCAAAACUUGCACAUGUUUCAUUUUUUAAAGAUAUUUUAUGAGCUUUUCAAUAUUAGUUUUAGCAGAAAAUCAUUUGUAA